ACCCAUCUCUCCGCAACAAAAGCAACAUCGUCUCGAUCGUCUACGGCUGUACGCGUAUGCAUGUACAUACAGGGUUUUGUACUGUGAUCUGCGGAUAAAAAUACGGUUAUAUAGGAGCCGAGAGCCAGUGCCCACCUCCCCCUUCCAGUUACCAGCCGCAGAAGGAGCAAACUGAGAGGAGACAGAGAGGCACAGGAGAGAGGUGGGGGAGCAGGGGAGGAAAGAGAGAGCUCCAAUCUCUCGCCUGCCCUAGCUGCCGAGAUUCUUGAUUGAUUCCAAAACAAAAAAAUCGGGUGGAGAUUGAAGAGUGGCCAUUGGAGCGCGACGUCUGAGCUGAGCUAUUGUGGAACGCAAAUUUGUCGACGAAGAUGUCAGUGAGCCAUGCGGAGGACAUCGAGAUAUCGCUGUGCGACGGCAACUCGGAGGACGAGCGGCGGCGCCGCAAGAUCGGCUCGCUGCGGCGCAAGGCCAUCCACGCGCUCAAGAAGCGCGGGAGGCGGCGCGUCGACUUCCGCUUCCCGCCGGCGGCCAUCUCCAUCGAGGACGUCCGCGACGCCGAGGAGGAGCGCGCCGUCGCCGCCUUCCGCGACCGCCUCAACGCGCACGGGCUCCUCCCCGACAAACACGACGACUACCACAUGAUGCUCAGGUUCUUGAAAGCCAGGAAGUUCGACGCAGAGAAGGCUAUGCAGAUGUGGGCAGACAUGCUGAAAUGGAGGAAGGAAUUCGGAGCGGACACGAUCCUUGAGGAUUUCGAGUUCGAAGAACUGGAUGACGUGCUGCGCUACUACCCUCAGGGCUACCACGGUGUCGACCGUGAGGGCCGGCCGGUGUACAUCGAGAGGCUCGGGAAGGUGGAUCCGAACAAGCUUAUGAACAUUACCUCGACGGAUCGCUACAUCAAGUAUCAUGUCCAGGAGUUUGAGAGGGCCUUCAGGGAGAGAUUCCCAGCCUGCACAUUGGCCGCUAAGAGGCACAUUGACUCUACCACCACCAUCUUGGACGUCCAGGGUGUGGGCCUUAAGAAUUUCUCCAAGACUGCUAGGGAACUUAUUAACCGAAUGCAGAAGAUUGACAGUGACUAUUAUCCUGAGACAUUACAUCAAAUGUUCGUCGUGAAUGCGGGCAGUGGAUUCAAGUGGAUCUGGAACAGCGUGAAGGGCUUCCUUGACCCAAAAACUUCAUCCAAGAUACAUGUUCUUGGUUCGAACUACCAGAGUAGGCUUCUUGAAGUAAUAGAUUCGAGUGAGUUGCCGGAGUUCCUUGGUGGUUCAUGCACAUGCAGCGAUAAGGGUGGUUGUCUUGGAUCAAACAAAGGGCCUUGGAAUGAUCCUUACAUAUUGAAGCUGAUACACAACUUGGAAGCUGGAUGUGUGCGGGAAAUCAAACCUGUUUCUGAGGGGGAGGAAAGAAGCUGCUCUUCUUUUCGAUUGGAACAGUUGAAAUGGCAGGGCAUGUUAAGUGAUACAUCAAAUGCUGAAUCAGGAUCUGACAUUGAUGAUUUUGGCCCAUCAUUCUUUCAAAAAGUUUCUGACUAUGGUUGCCUGACUCCAGUUCGUGAGGAAGUAAAGGGCACAGAUUGUGCAACAUACUUCAGCUGUGACGAUCAGGGUCACCCGGAUAUGGCUCCUGAAUCUUACCGCGGAGUGCGAAGAACUCAUGAAAUGGUGCAGAAACCAAUGGCUAAUUUUGGGCCAUCUUCCACCAACACUAGGCCUCAUGAUCUCGGGAACAAUGCUCUUAAUGUGGAUGGUACAAUUGCUCCAAGGGGAUGGGAAAACAUGAUCAAACUUGUAGUCACAGCCUUGAUCAAGCUCUUUUCCUUCAUCCGGCUUUUCAUCUCUAGAGCUGAGAGGAGGCUUGAGAUCGUCCAUCGUUCUGCUCCUCCAGUAAUCCAAGCAGCUGAGAAGCCACGGCCUCGGACCGUCAGUGAUGAAGAGAUGUGCGCCUGCUUACAGCGUCUUGACAAUCUCGAGUCCUUGUGCAAUCAUCUUGCCACGAAACCACCACAGAUCCCAGAAGAUAAGGAACUCGUACUGUUGAGCUCAUUCGAGCGGAUCAAAUCUGUUGAGGCUGACCUGGAGAGGACCAAAAGAGUGUUGAAUGCCACGGUGGCGAAGCAGAAGUCACUGGUGGAGGCUCUGGAAUCUGUACAGGAGUCGUCUAGAGUUAGGAAGAGGAUGUUCUGUUCAUAGGAUAUGGAGGAGCACCAGAUCCGGACCAUGCCGUCGACAUUAACCAACCGUGAAGCUGACGCGUGAAGCCGCCAAUGCCAUUUUUGACCUCGUUGACUUCAGCCUCAUCCAAGAAAAAGAAACAAAGAAACCUCGGAAUUCGAAAGAGAAGAUCGCAACCCCUGUUUGCUUCCUUUCAUUCCCCAUUUUGUUCCCCUUCUGCGCCGUGCCAAGCCCUAUGUUUUGUUUUGCUUGGCCAAGUCGUCCCACGGCCUCGCAUCCAGGGCCGAGAGCUGAGGUGAAGGUGAAUUGCUUACGAAUUGCUGAAGCUGAAGUUGUACUGACCCUGCGGCUGGAGCUGUAACAAAGACAUUCUCCAGAUUGAUGUUAAUGCCCGUGCACAUUCCGCCUCUGAUUCUGAUGAUUGGCUAAUACAGAUUAUGACAUGGUCCGUUGAAUUCUCA